GCGCGGAGCCCAGCCGGGGAAGCCGCGGGAGCGCUGGGCUGGGGAGCGCGUGAGCUCCGGCGCCGCGUCACGGACCUGCCCGCCCUCCCGGCCCCUCCCCGCGCUCCGUUCCCGGCUCUCCCGCCCCCCAGCGAGCGAGCGGUGACUUAAGCAACGGAGCGCAGUGAAGCCCAUUUUUCUCCUUGCUCGCAGCCGGGCAGCUCGUGGCGCGGCGCCUCCGCUCCGGCCCGAGAUGAAUGCUGCGGCAGAAGCCGAGUUCAACAUCCUGCUGGCCACCGACUCGUACAAGGUUACUCACUAUAAACAAUACCCACCCAAUACAAGCAAAGUUUAUUCCUACUUUGAAUGCCGUGAAAAGAAGACAGAAAACUCCAAAGUAAGGAAGGUGAAAUACGAGGAAACAGUAUUUUAUGGGUUGCAGUACAUUCUUAAUAAGUACUUAAAAGGUAAAGUAGUGACCAAAGAGAAAAUCCAGGAAGCCAAAGAAGUGUACAAAGAACAUUUCCAAGAUGAUGUCUUUAAUGAAAGGGGAUGGAACUACAUUCUUGAGAAAUAUGAUGGUCAUCUCCCAAUUGAAGUGAAGGCUGUUCCUGAGGGCUCUGUCAUCCCCAGAGGGAACGUGCUGUUCACAGUGGAGAACACAGACCCCGAAUGCUACUGGCUUACCAACUGGAUUGAGACUAUUCUUGUUCAGUCCUGGUAUCCAAUUACAGUGGCCACAAAUUCGAGAGAGCAGAAGAAAAUAUUGGCCAAAUACUUGUUAGAAACUUCUGGUAAUUUAGAUGGUCUGGAAUACAAGUUACAUGAUUUUGGUUACAGAGGAGUCUCUUCACAAGAGACUGCUGGCAUAGGAGCUUCCGCUCAUUUGGUUAACUUCAAAGGAACAGAUACAGUGGCAGGAAUUGCUCUAAUUAAAAAAUACUACGGAACAAAAGAUCCUGUUCCAGGCUAUUCUGUUCCAGCGGCAGAGCACAGUACCAUAACAGCUUGGGGGAAAGACCAUGAGAAAGAUGCUUUUGAACACAUAGUAACACAGUUCUCAUCAGUGCCUGUGUCUGUGGUCAGCGAUAGCUAUGACAUUUACAAUGCUUGUGAGAAAAUAUGGGGUGAAGACCUAAGACAUUUAAUAGUAUCAAGAAGUACAGAGGCACCACUGAUCAUCAGACCUGAUUCUGGAAAUCCACUUGACACCGUAUUGAAGGUCUUAGAUAUUUUAGGCAAGAAGUUUCCUGUCACUGAGAACUCAAAGGGCUACAAGUUGCUGCCACCAUAUCUGAGAGUCAUCCAGGGAGAUGGAGUGGAUAUCAACACUUUACAGGAGAUUGUAGAGGGAAUGAAACAGAAAAAGUGGAGUAUUGAGAAUGUCUCCUUUGGUUCUGGCGGAGCUCUGCUACAGAAGUUAACAAGAGACCUCUUGAAUUGUUCCUUCAAGUGCAGCUAUGUUGUGACCAAUGGUCUUGGGGUUAACGUCUUUAAGGACCCAGUUGCUGAUCCCAACAAAAGGUCAAAAAAGGGUCGGUUAUCUUUACAUAGGACACCAGCAGGGAACUUCGUUACACUUGAAGAAGGAAAAGGAGACCUUGAGGAAUAUGGCCACGAUCUUCUCCAUACGGUUUUCAAGAAUGGGAAGGUGACAAAAAGCUAUUCAUUUGAUGAAGUCAGGAAAAAUGCACAGCUGAACAUCGAGCAGGACGUGGCACCUCACUAGGCCUGGUUGUUUGUGCAGUGUGUGUGUGUACAUACGUGCACUAUGUGUGUGCUUGUGCGUAUGGAGUAACAUGUUCAUUGUACAGACAUGUGGGUUUGUGUUUAUGACACAUUACAGCCAGAUUAUUUGUUGGUUUAUGGACAUACUGCCCUUUUUAUUUUCUUUUUCCCAAUGUUUAGAAGAUUUCAAAUUAGGAAAUACUUAUAACCAUGUACAAGAUUAAUGCUAAAGUAAGCUUUUUAGGGCCCUUUGCUAAUAGAUAGUGACUCGAUCUGCUGUUGACCUUUUCACAAAUCACAGAAUCAAGAAACUUUUAUAUAUAACUACAGAUCACAUAAAACAGAUUUGCAUAAAUUACCAUGACUGCUUUAUGUUUAUAUUUAACUUGUAUUUUUGUACAAAUGAGAUUGUGUAAGAUAUAUUUAAAGUUUCAGUGAUUUAACAGUCUGUUUCCAACUUUUCAUGAUUUUUAUGAGCACAGACUUUCAAGAAAAUACUUGAAAAUAAAUUACAUUGCCUUUUGUCCAUUAAUCAGCAAAUAAAACAUGGCCUUAACAAAGUUGUUUGUGUUAUUGUACAUUUGGAAAUUAUGUCAGGACAUAUACCCAACAGAGAUACUAACCUCACUGCCCUUGUAGAGUAUGCGUUAGUCAUUCUACAUUGAAGAGAAUUAUGGUUCAUACUCAGAUGUCUAGGCAUUGUAUAGUUCUAUUUCUUGGUCAUUGUAUUGUACCAGUGAAAUGCCAAAUUUGAAAGGCCUGUUCUGCAAUUUUGUAUGUCAGAUAUUGCCUGUGGCUCUAAUAUGCACCUCAAGAUUUUAAGAAGAUAAUGUUUUUAGAGAGAAUUUCUGCUUCCACUACAGAAUAUAUACAUAAAUGUAAAAUAUUGAAAGUGGAAGUAGUGUAUUUUAAAGUAAUUACACUUCUGAAUUUAUUUUUCAUAUUCUAUAGUUGGUAUGACUUAAAUGAAUUGCUGGAGUGGGUAGUGAGUACACUUAUUUUAAAUGUUUUGAUUCUGUUAUAUUUUCAUUAAGUUUUUAAAAAAUUAAAUUGGAUAUUAAACUGUAUGGACAUCAUUUAUUACUUUUAAAUUAAACCCUCAGUAACUAAUAUGUAAGCAAGUUCUUGAUGUUAUCCUCAGUGGAAAGUGCAAUUCUUAAUAGAAGAAUCGUUCUUCAUCGGAGAUGUAGCUGAAUUUGCAAUAUCCAUCAUCAAAAUGUUCAUAGUGAUUCACUGCUAGACCCUGAGUUGGCCAUUGCAUCCAACUAGACACUAGACACUUGGAGGUAAUUCCUGACCCUGGGUCCUAAGGUGGGAUGGCCUGCAGGCCAGCCUGGCACUGCUCCUUCAUUUUUAUUACACAUUCUCAGUGGCAGAGAGAGAGCAACUUCAGUUGAAACCAAAGAGUCCUCAAAGCCUGCAGUGUUCACUUCCGUGUUCACUGAACACAAGGAGAAAGCUCAAUGGCCUGUGUUCUAAGAAAAGGAGCAUGCCUUUGCAUUUCAAGAGAGAUGUUGGAUUUUCUGGGAAGGAAGAAAGCUGAAUUUUAUGGAGUUUCUAUUGUUUUUUUCUCAUUUAAGAAUCUGAUACUAGAAAACUGAUUUUGAAAAGUUUUAACAACUUGCUGUUAAGAUGAAAUUUUAAAAGCCAUAAGUCAUCUAAAACAGUUACAUGAGAGCAUAUCACUAAUCUGAUGAAGUAAGUUCAAGGUUUUUGCAAGUGAUCCUAAAACUUAAGGAGAACAGAAAGCUUUACUUACUUUCAGUAAUCCUUAUCCUAUAAUACACGGCAAAAAAAAAAAAAAAAAAAAA